AUAAACGUAUUGACGCGUGAGACGGCGCCCGCGCAUCCCCGCCCGCCCAGUCGCCGGCCGCCCGCCCUGCAUCGCGCACGCACUACAACAAACCAGGACUACAUCGGACCAAAUUAUUUCACAAACUUAUGGAAGAUAGGUGACAAGGAGCUAAAAUGUCAUUUAGGAAUUAUUAUGAUUCACCAUCAUCUGCGUACAGCAAAAAUCGCAGUACAGAAAGAACUGCAGCCACCACAGAAAGACCGUCAACAGUCACAGCUAAAUACACCACGACCCCAUCCUACAAGUCAUCCAGCAUACCUGUGCUUAACGACCGCUCAACCCGCGAAGAAACCCCGAUCUCCGCAAUAGCCAGCCGAUACGCAAGCUACAAACAAGCCGACAAACCAAUAUCCAAAUACGAGAAGAAAGACUUUUCUAAACUCUCAGUCCCUUCAGUUACCAGAAGUAGAGAUGUAAGUCCAGUCUCAACGACAUCCAAAUAUAGCCUUAGUCGAACAGCAAGAACGUCAAGCCCUGAACGAAGGACAGCCAAAAGUUACAAAGAAAAAUGUCAAGACAUAAGCCCUAUCGAUCGUGACAAAGACAUUCCAAAUAAGACUGAUAAGGCUUCUAGUUACAGUAGUCUCUCAAACUACAAACUAUACCCACGCACAUCCAGUUAUUCACGACCAACUCCUAGAGUAGAUGCCAAACCAGAGAUCACAGUGAACCGAUAUGCUAUAGCUAAUCGUCUGUCAUCCUCAAGUUAUUUAAGAAGCCCUACACCAAUCAAAAGAUCAACUGAAUCGCCAAUUCUUCACCACGACGUAAAUAAACCCGAAAAUGAUAAACCUACUAUCCCACAUAGCAUAGCAGAAGAGAAAAAUGAAAAAGAGAAUAAAACAGAAAUCUUUGGGAAUGGAACAGAAUGCACCAUUGAUGAAAAUAAUGAAAUUGAAACCGUCACAGUUGUCACACGACAUACGUCUCCAACUCCACCUGGGUCCUCAGCUUAUGUGCGAAUGAGGAGAGCUGAUAUGGCAAAAACUAUUGAGAAAGUAGUCACCCGUACAAGAAAAAGACCAGAAAUGAUAGAUAAAGAAAUGCAAUCCGAUCGACUUGAUGAUCCAACACGAUCCAGUAGGUUUGGCACUACUAGUAGAACUAGCAUGACAAAUUGGACCUAUUACUCGCCCAAUGUAAAUAGUUAUACAGGAUAUGCAGGUAGACAUUUAACACAAUAUUCAAAUUUGUCAAACAACACUAACUGCAAUGACAGAAGUAGUAGAAGUCGAAGUAAAGAACCUGCUCCAAUAGAAAAUAAAGGUUUGAGUCCUAAUACAGAAAAUAAAGAAAACCCUUUUCACUAUAAUAACUUAGAGCCAAAUGAGGACACUAGUAAAAUAUUAUGUGCAGAAAAGCAAGAAGACGACCCCUCUGAAAUAGUAAUCAACGUAAACUUCAAGUUGAAAAAAGCUAAAAGUCCCCCAUCUACGCCUACAUCGAAUGAAAUAACAUGUUCAGAAAAAACAAUUUCUAGCAAUAAUCAACUUCCCCCACAACCUCCAAAAUCUGAAAGUGUUACUAAAGUUAGAAAAGUAAAAAUACGGAAAUCAAGUACUGACUCAUCCUCAGAUUCAACAUCUUCAAAAAAAAUUGUCAAAAAGAGAAGCAAAUCUGUAAGUUCAACCGAUUCCGACCAAAACAACGACAAAAAUGGAAAACCUAAAGAUUCUAGCAAAAUUGCAGGUAAAAAUUUAAGUAGGAAUUCCUCAAGUACAAGUUUACAAAAUGGUCCUUCAAAAUUAAAAUAUUCCAAAUCGAGAGAAAGCACCAGCCCAGAAUCAAGUAUAACAUUGUCAACACAAUCAUCAAUAAGUGAAGAUGAAACUGUACCAAAAACAAAAUUUAACAAUCUUCCAAGACUUACAAUAAAUGAAAAUUCCGAUCAAUCUUCAAAGCAGAGCCCAUCGAUUAAAAAUGAAGGAUGUGAAGAAGCUAAAUCGUUCUUGAUAAGGGCUCUAGCUCCUGUUACUAAUCUCUUUAAGCAAAAACAUCAAGACAAUGAUGAAAUUAAUCGCACAACUGUAAUAUCACAUUCAGACUCAGCUAAAGAUAAUACGAACUUCAUAACUGAAAACGGAUCGCGAAGUAGAAAUAACACUUACAAUAUUAUAGCAUCCAACGACGAUAAUGUGGUAAAAUUAAAAGCCAUCAGACACAUUGAAUCAGGUGAUCGCACUUCGUGGUUAGAUUCAGACACCGAUCAGAAAAAAGCAAGUAAUGAUAAAGAUCUUCAGCAAGAGUCAUACAAUGACCGGAAUAAUUCGAAUGAUUUGAAGCGAUCGUUAAAACCUAAUUGUUUUGCUGACGAAGAAAAACCUUGGUGGCUAGACAGCAAUGCUAAUAUUCCUGAAGGCAUAGAACGGUUAUCGCCCCCAAAGAAAUCCUCAAGUGAUAGUGAUAAAAGUGAAAAAUUCAACUUCUUUAAAGUGCGACACAUCGAAUCUGGGGAACGAAAUGACUGGCGCGUAGUAAAUACUGAGAGUUCAUCUAAUGUUAAUAAACAAGAAUCACAAAACAAUUUAAGUCUCAGUAAGUCCGGUUCUGAUCAGCGAACCUUUCCUAUAAGGCGGAUACGCCAUAUCGAAUCUGGAGAGCGCCCUUGGUGGUUGUCAAGUGACCAGAAUAUUCCCGAAGGUAUAGAAAAAUUACCGACACCACCUCCACAAGACAGCGACUCUUCUGACUCGGAGGAAAUCGAAGUUUAUAUUCCUCCCAGCCAAAUACCUCCGUUUCCACUACACUUGCCUGACGAUGAGCCGCUUGGGGCUAGACGAAGCCCAGAAGGUUUGGAAACUCCUAAAGAUACCGAGGAGUUUACAAGGGGUCGAAGCUCUCCAUAUGAAAACAACCGUCAGUACAGGCGCGAAUCGACCAACUUACCGUAUCAGAAAGGGGCCGAGAAAUACAUAUCACGCUAUACGGAUAUCGACGACAUAUUGGGCACUUCGGGCCAGAUUUACAGCCCAUUCAUGGAGUCCAUAUUGGCGCGAAGAACCGGUCAGCUACCUUUUGACGAUGACGAAUGCGAGGAGAUAGAUCCCACCCAAGUUAGGAUCCAUGACAGCACAGCGCAGAUGCCCGUUAUCAAGAAGCUACGAUGCAGAAGUGAAAUAAUCGAUUGCCGAGACGAAGAUCAGUUGGAUGAUGCAACGUUGCAAGUUUUUAAAGAUGGCGACUACGGGCCGUACCUCGACCUGGACUCCACUCUGGGCGAGCAGGACGAAGAGCUGGAAGGCCUCCAAGACAGUCGCAAAAAUGCAUUGGUUCUACGCACACAGCUGUCGGUCCGGGUACACGCCAUCAUUGAAAGGCUGCUGCACUCUCAAGGGCGGGAGCUGCGACGGGCCCUGUUCACUCUCAAGCAGAUCCUGCAGUCAGACAAGGACCUGGUGCACGAGUUCGUCGCCAACAAGGGCCUGGACUGCCUCAUGCAGGUGGCCAACACCGCUGUGCAUAACUACCUCGACUACAUCCUGAGAGCUCUAGGACAAAUCCUGCUGUACGUGGAUGGCAUGCAUGGCGUAAUGAACCAUAAGCGUUGCAUCCAAUGGAUGUACUCCCUCAUAUCCAGCCGCUUCCGCCACGUCGUCAAAACAGCGCUCAAACUCUUACUAGUAUUCGUGGAGUACACGGACAAGAACUGCCUUCUCCUCAUUGAGGCUAUAACAGUCGUGGACAGCGCUAACGGCAGACCUUUCUGGUUCAACGUCAUGAAAAUCCUCCAAGACGUUGACGCUUCGGAUACGGAACUCCUGAUUUAUGCUACUACCCUCAUAAACCGUUGCUUGAACAGCUUGCCUGAUAGAGACAUGUACUAUGACCACGUAGAUUCUCUGCAAGAGCAAGGGAUCGAUGAUAUAGUCCAACUGUACAUGUCCAAACAGGGUACGGAUUUGGAUCUCUUGAGGCAAUUGCAGAUAUUCGAGGCUGUGCUGUUGUAUGAGGAUGGAGAUGAAAGUGGUACUGCUCUUAAACAAUUAGACGAAUCAAUCAUCACCUCAGUCAGAAGGAGAAGUCUCAAUUUGAAAGGUUCAGAAAGAAGAAAAUCCAAAAAACAAGAAGAUAAAGAAAAAGCGAAGACGCCAGUUAAGACUCCGAGCGAGCCCGACAAAAUAGCACAGCCAAGACCUACGCACCUACCCUCAAUAUUAGACAGCAAAGAAAACAAAGAACUCAGUACAGCGCUGAAGAGACGAAGAGAUCGGUAUGCGAGGCAAGCCCACCAUAUAAUGCAGCAGCAGGAACUAAUGAACGCAAGUGCAAAUCAUGAUAAAAACGGGGAAUGGCACACCAACCCGCCCAGGAAUUAUUCGAACUUCAACGGUACUCCCAAUAGAUACUCCACUCCGAACGGUAAUCUCAAUGGAAGCAAGUACAAUGUCAAUGAUAUGAACGGACACGCAGACAGCAAUGGAGUGAAAGCUUCGAACCUUCCAGAUAUUUUGCUGAAUGGCAACCAAAGAUAUACUACUGGCCUGAAACAGAGGAUGCAGAAUGGUACACUAGGCCACAGCGUCAACGCAGCUGAUGCUUUGGCAGCGGCCGGCAGGCAGCUGGACUUCGCAGCUGAACCGAAAGAUGACAGGGAAAUACUGUUACACAGAGAACACAGUAUCAAAGACUUAGCGCAGAGGUUGACGAGCUCCGUGAGCCCUUCCACAGAAGAGAAGCCGCUGAGGGUGUCGGACAUGGCAGGUAUUGUGUCGAAAGCCAAAGAAGAAUUAGCCAAAUCGAAAUCUAAAGAAAUCAUAAAAAGCCCCGCUAUUGAAAUUAGCCCUAAAAUACACGACAUCAAAGUAUCCGAAAACGAUCUACACUGGGAAGAAUUGAGGAAAGGAUGCCUAAACAGAGAAUUCCACCUUUGCGAUUUAGACUUUUCGGACCUUAAAUACGACUCCGAUGACGAUGCCGUGUUUCCAGCAAUCAACGCUUCCAACGGACCACCUCCCCCUCCUCCUGGGAUGCUCCCUCCUUUGGGAAUUCCUCCUCCUUUACCCACAUGUUUCUUAAGUUUACCAAAAAAUUUGCCCAGUUCCUCAAUUUCUUCGGAACUCUCGUGUGAAUCAGCUAACUCCACGCUAAAGAAGAGUAAAAAGACUGUUAAAUUAUUCUGGAAGGAGAUUCAUGAGAAUCCUUUACCGACACCCGUCAAGGCAAAGGUUGGUGGGUCGAUAUGGGACGACCUUCCCGAAGUAAAUCUCGAUACAGCCUCCUUGGAACAUCUGUUUGAAUCGAGAACAAACGAUUUAAUUAUUAAGGAAAAACUUAUGGAACCAAAGAGAAACUUAAUUUUGGACACGAAGCGCUCCAACGCGAUCAACAUAGCAAUGAAGAAGCUGCCAACUCCGCAGACGAUCAAAGUGGCCAUCAUGAAGAUGGACGCAACGGUGAUAGGCCGAGAGGGUAUCGAGAAGCUGUUGACCAUGCUGCCUACCCAAGAGGAGAAGGUCAAGAUACAGGAGGCCCAGUAUGCUAAUCCAGAUCUACCCCUGGGUAGCGCGGAACAGUUCCUGCUUACCCUGGCUUCCAUAAACGAGCUGUCUUCGAGACUGAAGCUGUGGGUGUUCAAGUUGGACUUUGACAACUUGGAGAAAGAAAUAGCAGAACCUCUGAUGGACCUGAAGCAAGGCAUCGAGCUGCUGAAGGUCAAUAAGACAUUCAAAGUGAUUCUGUCGACGUUGAGAUCCGUGGGGAGUUUCCUAAACGGCAACCAGGUGAAAGGGUUCCGUCUGGAAUACCUGUCGAAGGUCAUGGAGGUGAAGGAUACGGUUCAGAAGCAUCCACUGCUGUACCACAUCUGUGAAAUGAUUAUAGAGAAGUUUCCAGAUACGACAGACUUCUUCAGCGAGGUGGGUCCUGUCAUCCGGGCAUCGAAAGUAGACUUCGACGUCCUGAACGUGAAUUUGAUGAAACUGGAGACGGACUGCAAGGCAUCCUGGGACCACAUGAAGCGCGUCGCCAAACACGACGGCUCUCAGAUCUUCAAGACGAAGAUCAACGAGUUUUUGACAGAUGCGGCCGAGCGCAUCAUAUUGCUGACCCUUAUCAAGAAGCGGGUCAUGAGCAGAUACAACAAGUUCCUCCUUUACCUCGGGGUGCCUCCAAUCGAAGCUCCGAAGACCAAACCAGCAGAGCUGUUGAAAGUCAUCGCGGAGUUCGCGUUGGAGUAUCGUACUACGAGGGAGAGAGUGUUGCAGCAGUUGGAGAAGAGAGCCAAUCACCGCGAGAGGAAUAAGACUAGGGGGAAGAUGAUCAUAGACGUGGGCAAUUAUUCGACCAAGAGCGGCGAGCAUACAGCGGACAGCGCGUUGAAAGAACUAUUAAAGAGCGAUGCAGACGCCGACUUGCUAGCCGAUAGACGCAAGCCACCGCCUAGUCUGCCCAACGGAGAAGAUGAGAUCAUAGAGAGCCUGGUGAGAUGCGCCACUUCCAAACGAAGGCCGUUAGCUCGAGAUCGUCGCCGCAACCGUCUAGCCGACCGCAAAAGCUUGAAUCGAACUCUAGACGGACACCAGUCUUGGCCCGGCACGCAGACCACUGAUCAAUCACCACAGGAAGUGCAACAAAGAUUAUAGAUAGAUACCUAGUAUUAAAUUUUGUUGACCUAAGUAGGUAUCAUAUUUUACGUUAUCGAAUAACGAAUCUCAUUAAAGUAGGUAUUUAGGCACCUAAUUGAACGUACCUACAAAAAGUUAAUUUUUAUUUACCCUUAAGUAAGUACCUAUUACUUUUUUAGUUAACGAUAUUCCUGUACAACGUAUACAAUCAAUGUACAGCUGGUAAUUAUUUAAAAGUUAAUAAAGCUCCCAAACUAUGCAUAAACCAUUAGGUAGGUACUUGGUACAUAAUACAAUACUAAUUAUGGCAGUUUUUAGGAACUUUAAUAAGUAGCUAGGUAUUCAAUUAAUUACCUAGCACUAAAAAUCAGUUUUUAUAAUAAUCUUGAAAUCACGCGGUACAUACUCGUAGGUACGCAUUCGAUUUUCUCGGCUGAGGUGUAGUUAUAGAGCGUACGCAGAGUUAACUAUGGCGUAAAUACUUCUUUGCUUAGACUUAAGUUUUAGUUAAAACGAGAAACGAUCUAUGGUAUAGACCUCAGCUUUCAAAAAUUCAAAAUCCAAAAUAUAUUUUUUAUUCAAUUAGACUUUUACAAGUUCUUUUGAAUCGUCAAAAGCAUCUACCACUGGUUCGGAAUGCCUUUCCUACCGAGAAGAACCAGCAAGAAACUCGGCGGUUGCUCUUUUUGUUCGGACGUAGCAUUUUGUUUCUAGCAUCAUAUGAAUAAGGUAUAUUAUUCUGCUCAUCCGAAUUCCAAUGCAAUUAAGGUGCGAAGUCCAUAUUACUUAAUAAGUCGUGGUGCUCUGGGGCUCUGAAUGACGUUCAAAGCGGGCUUUGAUUGGUCGUUCCUCGCACCAGAUUGCGUUGCGACAUCAUCGCAGUAAUGUGUCUUUAACUUGAGAAGUUCCAGUACUCGACAGGAAAGAUUACGCAUCGAACUUUAGAAAGAGAUUAUCGACAGCUUCUGCUUCGUAGAGCGUCGUCUCUGUCACUCUAUUUAAAUGUAUGGUUCCUGACUUGUCAAUCUCAAUGACAGAGAUAAGGAAGCUGCCAACUAUCUCGUUCUAAAGUUCCAUGUGUAAUCUUUCCUACGGGUACACACCGGUGUAGCACCGCUUUCGUAUGGUGCGUUCUCAAAAAUGGUGAUUGAAAAAUGAACGAAAUAAUCACGGCAAUUGAGCUUAUAUUUGUCUUUUUAAUUUGUUACACUUACUUUGUAUAUUUUUGUACGGAAAACUAUCUGUUAGAACUUAAAUUACAGUUAACAUUUUUUAAUUCAUAAAAUAACAUGAGUCUGUUUAAAUUCAUCAAACUACGCUGUCGAUGCGCUCGAGUGAUGUAGCGCGUAUAAGUUUAUCGGUACCGUUGAAUUUAGAAGAGAUCGGUACAAUCCUAAUAUUAUAGGAAUAACUGUUCCACUUUCAAAAUGUUGUAUGAAAAUUGAUUUUCACAGAUUUUUUAAUACCCGUAUGAAGUCGUAGGUGCUCGCAUUUCUUUAUAAUAAGUAUAGUGAAUAUUUGUUUAAGUUUAACGAAUCAAAAAUAUACCUACUGAAGACUUUUCUACUCUUGACUGUGUCGAGACAUGUCGGUAUGUUGUGUUUUUCACUUUCUUUUUUCUGAGAUAUUUAUCAUUUUGUAAAGGAAUAUCUGUACAAAUAAAAACUAUAACACGA